CGGGGGUAUUGGGGGUGUUGCGACAUGGGGGAUCAUCGGGAUACGGGGAUAUCGGGAUAUGGGGAUAUCGGGAUAUGGAGAUAUCGGGAUAUGGAGAUAUCGGGAUAUGGAGAUAUCGGGAUAUGGAGAUAUCGGGAUACAGGGAUGUUGGGAUAUCGGGAUAUGGGAUAUGGGAUAUCGUGACAUGGGGAUAUCGGGAUAUCGUGACAUGGGGAUAUCGGGAUAUGGGGAUACAGGGAUGUCGGGAUAUGGGGAUAUCGGGAUAUCAGGAUAUGGGAUAUUGGGAUAUGGAGAUAUCGGGAUAUGGGGAUAACAGGAUGUCGGGAUAUCGGGACAUGGGGAUAUCGGGACAUGGGGAUAUCGGGACAUGGGGAUAUCGGGAUAUGGGGAUAUCGGGAUAUGGAGGUAUUGGGAUAUUGGGACAUGGGGGAUUAUUGGGAUAUUGGGAUAUGGAGAUAUCGGGAUAUGGGGAUAACAGGAUGUCGGGAUAUCGGGAUAUGGAGAUAUCGGGAUAUGGGGAUAUCGGGAUAUCGGGACAUGGAGGAUUAUCGGGAUAUCGGGAUAUGGGAUAUCGGGAUAUAGAGGUAUCAGGAUAUCGGGACAUGGGGGAUUAUUGGGAUAUCGGGAUAUUGGGAUAUCGGGAUAUGGAGAUAACAGGAUGUCGGGAUACGGGAAUAUCGGGACAUGGAGGUAUCAGGAUAUGGAGGUAUCGGGAUAUCGGGACAUGGGGGAUUAUCGGGAUAUCGGGAUAUGGAGAUAACAGGAUGUCGGGAUAUCGGGACAUGGGGGAUUAUCGGGAUAUCGGGAUAUGGGAUAUCAGGAUAUGGGGAUAUCGGGAUAUGGGGAUAUCGGGACAUGGGGGAUUAUCGGGAUAUCGGGAUAUGGGAUAUCGGGAUAUGGGAUAUCGGGAUAUGGGAUAUCGGGACAUGGGGGAUUAUCGGGAUAUUGGGACAUUGGGCCAUGGGGGGGACACGGCCACACGGU